AUGGCGGGCUCGGCCGCCGCGCGGAGCCCAUCCGGCUCGGAAGCUGGCGACGGCGCAGCCGGGCACUCUGGCAGGUGCCUCAUGGGCGAGUUCUGCAGCGGCGCGGUGUGCGCGAUCGGCCUCGGAGGCCUGGUCGCAGCCCUCCUCGCGCCCCAGAGCCCCGCCCAGUUCGCCGCGCAGGCCGUGGGCGCCGCGGCCGGGGCCCAUCGCUACGCGCAGAGCGGCAGGAGCGAGAGUUGCUUGCUGGCCGCCGCUCUGCGCCAGGGUGCCGGGCCGCGCGCCCAGAGCUUACGCGAGAAGGGUUACAUGGCCGCCGCGCGGCUCGCGGGGGCCUCCGCGGGCUGCUUCGCCGCGUGGUCAACCUUCACCCCAGACCUGGACUUCCAGGUGUUGGCGUCGUCCUUGCUUGCCACGGCUGGCGCGUCCAUCGGGUCGCUGUUGGCCGAGCCCGAGGAGGCCACCGAUUCUGCCGCGGCGGCGGCGGGCGAGGGGCCAGCCGAGGCCCCUUCCCCAAUCGGCAUGAGCGAAUGCGGGCCCGCGCAGUGA